ACAUCAUGAGACAAAAUAAAAGGCCAUGGCCUUUUAAUAUGGAUUUUACAGAAUUGCCUCUGAGGUGGCCUUCUAUUUAGGGUGCCCUUCUAAUAUAGGGUGGCCUUCUAUUUUGGGGGGGGGUUUAGAGUAUUUGUUAUUCUUUUUAGUAUUUUGAAUCCGAUCACUUCAACUUCACCAUUAACAACGACGGUAGCGGCUAAUGAUGACGACAGUAGUUUAGCUGCAACAAUCUCAUUGUCACCUACGUUACAAAAACGUGCACGCUCAAGUUCACGAUUAAAAAAUCAAAAUGAAGUGUCAAAAGCAAAAGGUUAUGCUACCAUUAUUAUCCUUUUUGUUACGUGCGCUGCACUUAUAUUAGUUGGUAUACUGAUAUCUUUUUAUCGACGACAUUUAAAAAAUACUGAUAAUCGAGUUGGAUAUCAUUUAACACGACGAAAUGAUGAUCCUAUUUAUAAUCCAUUAACAACAACAGGGAAUGAUUUGAAUUUUAACUGA